UGUUUGCUUUUGUUGGUUAAUUUCCCACAACAAUAUGGGCUUUUUACAUUUUGAUUUAAACAUUGGUAUUGAUGCAUAUUCUUGAGAUGUGACCUAUUAUUAGUGAUAUGGUCACAGCUUUGAGAGGAUUGAUUACUAAGUCAAUUAUUUAUCGUCUGACUUUUUCUAGCUAAAUGGAUGGACAAGGAGACGGAGACCACAAUGGUCCAAAUCGUCAUCAUAUUUACAUUCCAACUGAAGAACACCCACCAAAUGGAGACAAUAACGACAUAGAAUUUAUCUUACUCUUGCAUUUUAUCAUAAAUCAUCACAUGAGAGUCUUCAGACAAAAUCAAAUUGGUUUCAUCAAUGAAAAUGUAAAUGUCAACAUUGUGAACCACGCCGACAUGAACAGUAUUCCUGAAAAUCAUGAUGAAGUGGACAGCGAUGUUGAAGCUGAUGUCGACAUGGAAGUUGAUGAGGUGAUGGAGGGUGACGAGGGGGAAGAAGGUGAGCCUCAGCCUGGACCAUCAAGUAGAACAAGAGAUGGUCAUACUGAACAAGAGGAAGAACAAACAAGAAACAGGAAAUGUUCCAGGUGGUGGCAUGAAUUUGACAACACUUCCGACAGUAGCGUGGACCUGGAUAAUGAAGAAGAACCUCUACUUGGUAGAUCUGAGGAAAGGUCAAGAGCUGAUUCAGAAGAUACUUCACCACAAUGUGGUCAUGAACUUGCUGAAAACAUUAGUGAUCUGGCUGAGGAUGGAGCCACAAGAAACUGUCUACCUGAACCUUCAGGGACGAGCUCAACUGAUACAGGUGAACAUCAAUGUGAGUCAAGAGGAAACAAGUCUUUCCACUGGUGGUAUGGAGUUGAGGGUAACAGCUCUGACAGUGGCACUGACUUAGAUGUUGUUGAAGAGACGCCGAAAAUUAAGUCAAGCAAUGACGUUGACUCAGGAGAGGAAAAAGGACAGAAAGAGUCCAAAUGGCAGGACAACAGACCAGCAAUGUGUAAUUGUGCGCCCACACAGAGCACUGAAGACACUGUUGUUGCUGAGGAGGUACAAGCUUCUACGGAGGGUGAAAGUUGCAGUGCACAAGAAGCAGAAGAACAUCCAGCACCAGGGCCAUCCAGGAUGAGGUGAGGCCAAACAUCAAUGUGACAGAAGGGUUGGAUGAGUUCCGAGUCACGGACUAAAGAUACUUGGUGCGUCUUAGAAAAGGUCAAGGGAUUCAGAAGAUUAAAAAUAGAAAUGACUUUUUUUAAGAGGUCAUCUUGCUCCAAACUCUAGCAAGAUUGGCCUGGCCAGAGGAGCUUCCAGGGAGGAUGAAGGUUUAGAUGUGCAGCAGGCAACAAAGACAUUGACAGAAAAUAAUGACUAAGGAGGACAGACAGACAGAAGAAGGUGUCACAACCAAUGGAAGGUACACACGGCCCUAACUGUGUGAAAGCUGCCACUUUAUUCCAAAGGAUUAGACCUGAUGGAACUCAGCUACACGCCUUUCAUUACAUACCACAAGAUGGCACUGUUCAGUCUGGGAGUCUUACUUCCACAUUUGCAAGGUCAGAGCUUGUGGAGCUCUGUUAAGACUUUCUAAGUGAAGUUAGGUGUUCAGUGUUCAGAGAUACAGUCAUCUGGAUUCACACUGCAAUACACAGCUGCAGUUAUCUACUCAACACAAUAUGGUUUUGUGAUCUCAUGAUCUGUAAUCUAAACCAGUGGUUUCAGGCACUGCUCCCAUAGCAUCAGAGGACUUGAGGACAGUUUGAAAAAAAUGUGUAUUUUAAACCUUCUAACUUCUGCUACAUGUUACAGGCAAACCUAAUCUGUGGUUUUUACAAUGAAAGAGGAGACUGUAUGAAGAGAGCACACAAUUCUGAUCAUAUUGGUGUCAGUACUCACUGUGGUAUGUUCAAUAAUUCACUGACUUCAAACUUCACAAUUGCCUUGUUUUUGAGCUUUUUGAGUUUAAAACAGUUUUUUAUGUUUUAAUAGGAAAAAUGUGUCAAAUACAAUCAAAUGAUACACAAAUAAUAUGUAAUGAUAUUAUGAUGAUAAUUUUUUUCAAAAUGGAAGUCCCAAGUAUUCUAGGGUUGAAAUUAGAAUGCUGGUGAAACUUGGUUAACGUCCAACCCCAGGUUAGUGUUUUUUGGUUCACACAAAAAAUUCUGCUAUAACUUUGCUUCGUUUUGCAUCCAUUUUCUGGUUAGCGUACUAUAUAUGGUGUGACUUGUCGUGUUAUUAAUACAUUACGUGAGUCCAACUGUGUUCUUAGUGUAUUUUUAAUGGCAAAACAUAUUUGUUAGCAUCCUUUUAGCUUGCCACUACAUGGAAGUCAGUUGCAUCAGUUGUCUCUGAUAUGGAGUUAGAAUUGUUUUAUGCAUGUAAAAACUAUAAUUGCAGUCAUUACAUGAGAAUCCAGGUUAACUUGCAGCUAGCUACCUCCACAAUACAUCCAGAGAUUUAUUAUCACAAAAAAAUGCAUGGCCACUUUUGAUUUGUGAUUUAUACAAAUAAUUUUGUAUACUUUUUUUUCUACAAAGAAUUACCGCACAGCUAGGAGACCAGGAUUUAAUUCCACCCUCGGCCAUCUCUGUGUGGAGUUUGCAUGUUCUCCCCGUGCAUGCAUGGGUUUUCUCCGGGUACUCCGGUUUCCUCCCACAUUCCAAAAACAUGCUAGGUUAAUUGGUGACUCCAAAUUGUCCAUAGGUAUGAAUGUGAGUGUGAAUGGUUGUUUGUCUAUAUGUGCCCUGUGAUUGGCUGGCGACCAGUCCCGGGUGUACCCCGCCUCUAACCCGAAGACAGCUGAGAUAGGCUGAACCCCCCGCGACCCUUGUGAGUAUAAGCGGUAGAAAAUGAAUGAAUGAAUGAAUUACUACUAUCACAACAAUGACGAUUAAAGCCACAAUGACAAUUGACAACUUGAUUUGCCAUUGGAAAAGCAAUGACAGAUAUAAAUAGUAUGUAAAUGUUCCAUUUUUAUGUCAACUGAAGGCUGAAGACUAAUGAUGUAAUGAUUUAAAAUGUUUGGCUAUUGAAGGACUUUCUCAAUCCCAAAAACCCAAAAGAGUUGAUGUUAAACUGAAUACGUAUCCAUGUAGAGUACACGGUUAAAUUACAUAUACAUGUAUACUUUAUUACAUCAUAGCGCUUCCACUGACAUCAUAGAGUCUAUGUAUACCAAGUUGAACAUCAGCAAAGCACAAUUUCAUAAUGCGUACUUGGUUGAACAUCAGAGUUAAUCAGCCCGGGGUUAUUUUGGGCUUUGUAGACUAGGAUAUAAACUUACCUCAAUUUACCGAUGAAGCUCUCCCCACCUCUGGACAAAUCAGUGGGGUCAAUGGAGAUGAGGUAAUUUGAAGUUUUACUCUUUUUUCGCUUCCGGCCUGCUAACAGGAACACCUGUAGAAAAACAAACCAGUAAAAAAAAAAACAAAAAAAAAUUUAAUCCACUGAUGUUUCAAACAGUCAGGACUCAGGUCAGAAUUUUGACUUGACAAUAUCAAAGACUUGCAGCUCAACUUGGAUUUUGACAUCAAUGACUCAGGGACUUGGCUUGGACUUUAGUUUGAUGACAUAGAAAUACUUGAAAAUUUUUUUUAGAUGUGUUUAGUAAUGUUUCCCCAUUUAAAACAUUCAACUAACCUUUCCCUUUGAAUCUGCCUCAUUGGAUGCAUCUGUGUAUCAACGUACAGGUCUAAGAACAAUGUGUUGAUUGCAUUUCUGUUCACUGACUAAAUCCUAAAUACGUCAGCACUCUGCGUUACUCCAAGCACUGCUUAUGUUGGUGAAGGUGGGAGCCCCUGUAACAAAUUAUCUGUUGUGUGAAAACUAAUUCACCCCUGAAUAGAUGGUGUGUUAGGUCCAAGAGGACACUAUUCGAUUAAUAUCACAUGUUAUUAUCACGUGUUCCAAACCCUUCCUUACCUUCUUGCCGUCCUCUCUUUCCAGGUGAAGAUAGUAGGUAGGAUACAUGCCUCUGUCCAUGCCUUUCUUGUCCCUUGUGAUCCUGCACUUCACUCUUACACCCUGUGGUGCAGGUCGCAGUGAAAACUCUUCAAGGUCGUCCACAUCAAUGGCUGGUUCAGUGACAGGUGGAGUUGGCGCUGACGCAACCUCCUGUCGCGGAACAGAAGAAAAAGAAGAAAAGAAGAACAUCUUCAUUUUAGGAUGUUGGACUUUGAGUGAUGCAUUACAGUUGUUUUUAACUCAUCUGGGAUUAAGAGUUAAAUAGACCAUAUAAUCCACUGGGAUAGAGUAUAUGGGGGUCUAAAAUUUGAAUAUGCUUAAUAUGUAAUUACUUAAUAUGUAAUUGUAAUUAUAUGUAAUUGUAAAUAUGUAAUUAUGUAAUUACUUCAGAA